AUUUAUAUUUUCACGCGACAACACGUUGAAAAUAGGUUUUAAGAAAAUGUCAUAUAUUUGUGGCUGCGUUCAAAACAAAUCUCUCCAAUCCUCAAUCUCCGGGCGGAGUCAAGUGGCGUGUGCAGCGCUUGAAGUCGCCAUCUAAACAAAGUUUCAUUUCAGAGAAUUAAUGUGCGAUCCGGGCAUGAAGAGCCGCGGGAAAUCCACCCCAAACCAGCUGAUGUUUGAUAUACAAUUUCGGGGUGGCUAAGGAGACCUCAGCGAUUCUGCAAUGACUUUGUCCCGUCUCUUUCACAGUUCAUAAGCCACUCUAAUUAUUAAACAACAGAGAAGAUGGUGAAAAAGAAGAUACGAACAGAAUAUAUGAAGAAAUUCAAAGAUCCAAAAUGGGAAACCUUCUCCAAGUGCUACGAGGAUUUGCUCAAUUACAGACUCUCAAGAAGGAUGCUAGAGCAGUCUCACAAUCCGAUUUUAUGGGGAGGCUGUGAAACUGACUCCGAAUCCAGUGGUAGAUCCACUCCACCAAAAAAUAAAAUCUGUCCUGUGACUGCAGAAGAGAUGCCACCACGUGAGACACGUAAACAGGAGGGUGACGCAUCGGAACCGACUGCUGUUGAGAGAGAGCUGCAAGCGGACACCUCUUCACCUACAGACAGACAGGGAGCAGAGAGAGUGCAGCGAAACGGAGAGAUUGGAGCAGAGGUGAAACACGAAGGUGGGCCUUCGGCCGGAGACCUGGUGCAGGACCACAGCGUGCCCCCCAAACCCCUCCGCUCGCGGAAGCCGAAAUCACUCCGAGCCAAGAGCAAACCGCCGCCAGCCACAGCGGCCGGCACGGCGAGCAGACAUCCCUUCGCCAUGUACGGGUGGGCGGAGCAGCACGCCGACAUGGCAGGGAAGAAGACUCACAACGUGCUUCCGGCCGUGUCCACCACAGAGAUUCAUGCUUCUGCUCUGCGUGCCAAAACCAGACGGGAGGUGGAAAAACAAAUGAAGAAUCUACAGCGGCAGCGCGUGCGAUCGGCUGAGCCAAAAAAAGCACACAAGACGGAGCCGGUCGCAGACUAUAACCCCUGGAUAACCGAGUACAUGCGCUGCUUCUCCUCCAGGACUCGCUAGGCCCAACAUGCACUAAGUCUCUCAACUCCCUUUUCUCCAAGUUUUCUCAAGAUGGGUGGAGUUUUUGCUUAAUCAUGGGACAACUUCUUAUGGGAUCAUUUUAAAAACUUGGUGAAUUCAGAGAAGCUGAACUGUUUUCAGUGGAUGUUUUUAUUUCUAAUCAUUCCAAGGAUUUUUUGUGGCUUCUGAAAUUUAUGUUUUUGACUGCACAAACAACUGAAUGUGAUACUUGUAUACUUGAUCACCACAUAUUUGGGAAACAAAUUUGUGUUAAAUGUUUUACUAAAAUAUCAUGUUACAGAUCGUCCUUAUUUUUAUUUAUUUAAUAAUAGUUAUUUUUGUUUUUGCUAAAUAAUUCAGCAUUUUGCAAGCGACAAGAUAUUUUAUAUACACCAAAUCAGCCAAACGCGUUAAGUAUUUUUUAUCAAUCUAAAAAUUCUCAUUUGGAUAUAAAUGGCAACUAGAAGUAUAAAAUACUUAAGAUACAGUAUUAUGUAUCAUAAUAAAACAAGUACUGAUUCACCAGGUUUUGGAUUACCUGAAAUUAUCAAGAUAAAUCCUUAAACCUGCUGAAUUUCCCAUCAACGAGUUGCCAUAUGCCAGGCCUGCCAUCUGAUUUAAAAUUAGUACAGUAUUGUGUAUUUUGUUUACUUUGUAUUUUGGGGGACAUCUCAGAAUUCUGAGACACUCAUCUGGUAACCCUGAAUACCACUGCAUUUACUGCUUCUGCUACUGUAAUUCAGCUUGUUCUGGCAAAAGGAAUUCAAGAUGAUUGUCUUCUCACAGUUAUGUUUGUGUAUUUAUUUUUUUUGGAAAUGCUCAUCCUUGCAACCUCUUAAGUUAACGUUCUAUAGCUUUGUUGGCAGAAUAAUACCAAAGGACGAAGUGAACUACUUGAAACCCUGUGUACUAACCAGCAUUGUGCUGUAAUUGUAGUAGUGCACGCAUUUUCACUGGUGGAUUCCGUUGUCUUGAAUUCUGUAAAUACAUCCCUUUCCACAGAUCACAUGUACUCGUGUUAGCAUGUCAGCUUGCAAGCUUUUUAAUGCAGUGCAGAGCUAAUGCAAUGCAUCCACUUGCAGUUCAUUCUUUGGCCCCUGAAAAGAACGCAAGAUGAAUCUUUAAUCGAUGCUUCAAAGAAGGUUUGUCCUUUGAUGGCUCAGCCUGAUGCACACAUUAAGUUUCAUUGGUGGCUGCACCAGGUUCUUUGUGUAAAGUGUGAAGUCGUUAAGUGCGCUGCAUUAACAGAGCGGUUAGGCUUGUGCUCCUGAAAUGUAAUCCCCGCUAUCCAAAAUACACCCCGCACUCUGUUCCUCUGAGGUCACACAGCCUCCUUCAGUUUAAACUGAUUAGUGAGAUUCCACAUCCCAGCUCACCUUACCUGCAUGGGCUAUCAUUAAGCACAAUUAUCCCCCAGUUGGUUCUUUGUAACAGUGAGCACCUGAGCAUAGUUUGGAAGGUUAUAUAUGUUUGUUAAGAUUCAUGUGUUUAAGAUCUGAAAGCCAGAUUUAGUCUGCUGUGGUAGUGAUGGGCUUAAUUACCUUAACACAACUGAUAAAUUAUUUGGGGACUUUUUAAGCUUUUGCUGUACAGCACGUAUGAAUCGUAUUUGCACAAGAUGUUGCUGGACGUUUACUGAUGAAAGAAAACUACCACUGUUUACAUUAUGACAAAUAUAUUUGUACUUUUGAAUAAACAUGAUUGUAAUUUG